AUGGCACCACCACUCAACUUCUCGGUGCAUGUCAGUGAGCCAGAGCUAGUCUCGCCAGAGAAACCAACCCCACAAGAAUUCAAAUACUUAUCCAACAUUGAUGACCAAAGUGGCCUAAGAAAUCACAUACCAUUUGUGCACUUGUAUCCUCCAUGCGCAACCGUGGGUGCGCGGGUGCAGGACCCAAUCAUGAUGAUAAAACAGUCCCUGGCUAAGGUUCUAGUAUUCUACUACCCGGUAGCCGGCCGGCUAAGAAAUGCUGACAAAGGCAAGCUUGUUGUGGACUGCUGUGGGCAGGGAGUGAUGUUUCGUAGAGCCAGUGCUGAUAUUACACUGACACAACUGCGCAAGAUUAAUGGAGGGUUGAAGCCACCAUUCCCUCAAUGGGACAAGCUGCUUGUCGAUGACGUAUGGGGCAGCAACUUGAUAACCAAUUCACCAUUGCUCCAUGUGCAGGUGACAACACUUGCUUGCGGAGGGUUCAUCUUAGCUUACACAUUCAACCAUUGCAUAUGCGAUGCCUAUGGUGCUUAUCAGUUCAUAACAGCUGUGUCGGAAUUCUGUAAAAAUCCAAACAGAAACGCUCCUUCCGCCUUACCCACUUGGGGACGAGAAACACUAAAACCACGAUCUCCUCCCAUUAUCUCUUACCCCCAUCAUGAGUAUGAUGACGACUUGAAAAACCCUACCAUCUCUUGCAGUGUAUCCGACUUCAAAAGUCUGGCUCAAACAUCUAUUUUCUUCUCUCGUGCAGACAUAUCAGCCCUCAAAAGCCAAAUUGAUGGCAACAAAUAUCCCACCUUUGACGCAAUCGCUUCAUGUCUAUGGAGAGCAAGAACUCGAACGCUCAUUAGCCCUGAAUCCAGUACAAGACUGAUCUUUCCUAUUGACACCCGUUUUCGAUACAAACCUUCAUUACCAAACGGUUACUAUGGAACAGCUGUUGUAUUUCCUUGUACCGUUAUAAAGGCGGCCAAGCUUGUGGAGGAACCGUUAUCCUACACUGCAAAGCUGAUUUGGGAAGUGAAAAAAGAUGUCAUCAGGGACGAGUAUCGGGCGUCCGUCUUGGACUUGAUUGAGGUGAAUGGACGCAGGGGGUUCUGCAGUGAAGGGGCAUUUGUGGUGUCUGACAUGAGUCGUUUGAGGUUUGUUGAUGUGGAUUUUGGAUGGGGAGGAGGAGUGUACGGCGGUCCGGCAAGAGCCGGGACUGGGAUGGUUCCUGGGAUGGUAACUUCAGUUAUAGGGCACAAGGAUGAGGAGGGUGUUGAAGGGGCGUUGGCCUUAGUUUCUUUGCCACCAGCGUCGCUGGAGAGGUUUCACAAGGAGGUGAGAAAAGAGAUUGAUUCUGCUACUCCUUGCAAACCCAUCUCUGCACUAUAG